CGCUGGUUGCCGUUGGUGAGUUUCUCUCCAUCAUGGCGGAGGAGACCAGCCGUGCGGAUGGACCGUCUCUGUCUCUCCAGCUCUGAUGCUUGUUUUCUCUCUUCUUGAGGGAGGGCGUUUUAUUUUCAUUAUUAUUUUAUUACACUCACGUGUCCUUCUCAACUAGACUCAAGUACUCGUGUUUCCAGUGAUGAUGGCGGACCGAGGAGGGGAUUUAUCCGCCCUGCCUAAAGAGGUUAGAGACCAACUGGCUGAGCUGGAUCUGGAGCUGUCUGAAGGUGACAUCACGCAGAAGGGCUAUGAGAAGAAGAAAGCCAAGCUGCUGGCCGCCUACCUCCCCCACUUGCCAAAUGUGGAGCUGUCUCUGCCAGAUGUACAGCUUUCCCCGGGCCACAGUGUCGACCCCAGCCCGAGCCCUGAGGCCCCGGGCCCCUCCACAUCUUCGGCCUCCAGACACCACCGCGCACACCGCAGUGGAGGGGCCAGGGACGACCGCUACAGAUCAGACAUCCACACAGAGGCUGUGCAGGCAGCACUGGCCAAACACAAAGAAGAGAAGAUGGCACUGCCCAUGCCAACCAAGAGACGCUCAGCCUUUGUCCAGUCUCCUAUAGAAACCUGCACACCUCCAGACACAUCUUCUGCAUCAGAGGAUGAUGGCUCGCUGCGCAGAAAGGCAGCUAUCAGUGCAGUGCUGGCCCAGAGCCUGCAGAGCCCCGAUUACUGGAUCAACCGUUCCGUCCAAAGCUCCUCCACGUCCUCGUCUGCUUCCUCCACCCUCUCCCAUGGAGAGGCCAAACCCCAGCCACAGCCCCAGCCCCAACCUGCUCUUUCCUUGUUGGCCGAUGUGCUGGCUCACACACGCAUAGAAAACAGCGUCCCCCCAGAUGUGACAUCCUCCACUCCCCAGGAGAGAGGGUCCAGGGUGGACCUGCCUCCAGCGGUCAGGGGCAUGAGCCGUGGACAGAGCCGCUCCAGCAUGCUGGACACUGCUGACGGAAAAAGAAAAGGCGUGCCUGUCAACAGCAGGGUGUCCACUAAGAUCCAGCAGCUGUUGAACACACUCAAACGGCCAAAGAGACCACCACUCAGCGAAUUCUUCCUCGAUGACUCUGAGGAAAUUGUAGAAGUGCCCCAGCCGGACCCCAACACCCCGAAGCCAGAGGGACGUCAAAUCAUCCCGGUGAAGGGGGAGCCCCUCGGAGUGGUCAGUAACUGGCCUCCUGCCCUGCAGGCUGCCCUGGCCCGCUGGGGGGCCACGCAGGCCAAGAGUCCUGCCCUCACUGCUCUGGACAUCACCGGCAAACCCCUCUACACACUCACAUAUGGAAAACUAUGGAGUCGCAGUCUGAAACUGGCCUAUACGCUGCUGAAUAAACUGGGCACCAAGUCAGAACCUGUCCUACAACCUGGAGACCGGGUGGCGCUGGUGUAUCCUAACAGCGACCCUGGCAUGUUCUGGGUGGCGUUCUAUGGCUGCCUGUUAGCAGAGGUCAUCCCCGUGCCCAUUGAGGUGCCGCUGUCACGACAGGAUGCAGGCAGCCAGCAGAUUGGCUUCCUGUUGGGCAGCUGUGGUGUUGGCCUGGCGCUGACCAGUGAGGUGUGUCUCAAAGGGCUGCCCAAGACACAAAACGGAGAGAUCAUCCAGUUCAAAGGAUGGCCAAGGAUGAAAUGGGUAGUGACGGACACCAAGUAUCUGACCAAACCAUCCAAAGACUGGCAGCCUCACAUCCCCACCGCCAACACAGACACCGCCUACAUAGAGUACAAAGCCAGUAAGGAGGGGACAGUGAUGGGAGUCGCUGUGUCCAAGAUCUCCAUGCUGACCCACUGUCAAGCCCUGACGCAGGCCUGUAACUACUGUGAAGGGGAGACACUGGUCAACGUGUUGGACUGCAAGAAGGAUAUGGGCAUGUGGCACGGCGUCUUAACGAGUGUCAUGAACAGAAUCCACACCAUCACAGUGCCAUAUGCUGUCAUGAAAGCAUGUCCUAUGUCCUGGGUGCAGAGGGUCCACAUCCACAAAGCACGUGUGGCCUUGGUGAAGUGCCGUGACCUCCACUGGGCCAUGAUGGCCCACAAGGACCAGAGAGACACCAACCUGUCCUCCAUACGGAUGCUUAUUGUGGCUGACGGAGCAAACCCAUGGUCUGUGUCGUCGUGUGAUGCCUUCCUGAACGUGUUCCAGUCUCAUGGUCUGAAGCCCGAGGUCAUCUGUCCGUGUGCCACCUCUCCUGAGGCCCUGACUGUGGCCAUACGCAGGCCUGGUGCACGAGGAGCUCCGCUACCAGCCAGGGCCAUCCUGUCCAUGGGCGGGCUGAGCCACGGUGUGAUCAGGGUCAACACGGAGGACAAAAACUCUGCUCUCACUGUUCAGGAUGUGGGCCACAUCAUGCCUGGAGCUCUGAUGUGCAUCGUGAAACCGGACGGGCCUCCUCAGCUGUGCAAGACAGAUGAAAUAGGGGAGAUUGUGAUCAACUCUCGGGCUGGAGGCACCAUGUACUACGGCCUGCCUGGUGUCACCAAGAACACAUUCGAGGUGAUCCCCGUCAACCAAGCCGGAGCACCCAUAGGAGAAAUUCCCUUCUCUCGGACUGGUCUGCUUGGAUUUGUAGGACCGGGCAGUCUGGUCUUUGUUGUGGGAAAGAUCGAGGGGCUGCUGAUGGUGAGCGGGAGACGCCACAACGCCGACGACCUGGUGGCCACCGCGCUGGCAGUGGAGCCUGUCAAAACAGUUUACAGGGGGAGGAUCGCUGUGUUCUCCGUGACGGUGUUUUAUGAUGAGAGGAUAGUGAUUGUGGCGGAGCAGAGGCCUGACGCCAGCGAGGAGGACAGCUUCCAGUGGAUGAGUCGAGUACUACAGGCCAUCGACAGUAUCCACCAGGUCGGCCUGUACUGCCUCGCACUCGUCCCGGCCAACACCCUCCCAAAGACGCCCCUCGGAGGCAUCCACAUCUGUGAAACCAAGCAGAACUUCCUAGAGGGAAACCUACACCCCUGUAAUAUCCUCCUGUGCCCGCACACCUGUGUUACCAACAUGCCCAAGCCACGCCAGAAACAGCCAGUGGAUGUCGGCCCCGCUUCUAUGCUGGUCGGUAACUUGGUAGCAGGGAAGCGGAUCGCCCAGGCUACAGGCAGAGAGCUGGGUGUGGUGGAGGACCAGGAUCUGAUCCGAAAGCUCUGUAUGUGGCCCACCAUGAUGCACCAGUUUUUGUCUGAAGCACUGCAAUGGAGAGCUCAAACCGACCCGGACCAUGUCCUCUAUGUGCUGCUCAAUAACAAGGGGGUGCCGGUGUGCACAGCCACCUGUGCUCAGCUGCACAAGAGAGCGGAGAAGAUCACAGCGACCCUAAUGGAGAGAGGAGGCCUCAACACAGGAGACAAUGUGGUGCUGCUUUAUCCCCCAGGUGUUGACCUGAUAGCUGCCUUCUAUGGCUGUCUCUAUGCGGGGGUCAUCCCUGUGACGGUGAGGCCACCCCACCCUCAGAACCUGGCUGCUACUCUCCCCACUGUCCGCAUGAUCAUCGAUGUGAGCAAAGCCGCUUGCAUCCUCACCACUCAGCCUCUCAUGAGGAUCCUCAGGUCCAGGGAGGCUGCUGCCAGCGUCAACAUCAAGACGUGGCCCACUAUCAUCGACACAGAUGAUCUUCCCAGAAAGCGGCCUCCGCACAUUUAUAAACCCCCUACAGCUGAGAUGCUGGCCUACCUGGACUUCAGUGUGUCCACCACAGGCAUGUUGACUGGAGUCAAGAUGUCUCAUGCUGCAGUCAGCACUCUGUGCCGCUCCAUUAAGCUGCAGUGUGAGCUCUACUCCUCACGCCAAAUAGCCAUCUGCCUGGACCCGUACUGUGGCCUGGGCUUCGUCCUGUGGUGCCUCUCCAGUGUUUACUCAGGUCACCAGUCCAUCCUUAUCCCUCCGCUGGAGCUGGAGAGCUCGCUGCCUCUGUGGCUGAGCACGCUCAGUCAGUACAAGAUCAGAGACACCUUCUGCUCCUACUCCGUCAUGGAGCUCUGCACCAAAGGCCUGGGCACCCAGACGGAGAUGCUGAAGGCGCGGGGUCUGAAUCUGUCGUGCGUGCGGAGCUGUGUGGUGAUCGCAGAGGAGCGUCCUCGCCUCACCCUCACGCAGUCCUUCUCCAAGCUCUUCAAAGAUCUCGGCCUGUCGCCGCGCGCCGUCAGCACCGCCUUCGGCUCCAGGGUCAACCUGGCCAUCUGCCUGCAGGGCACUGCUGGACCAGAUCCCUCCACCGUCUAUGUUGACAUGAAGUCUCUGCGCCACGACAGGGUGAGGCUGGUGGAACGAGGAGCGCCACAGAGUCUUCCCCUCAUGGAGUCAGGCACUAUCCUACCAGGAGUGAGGGUCAUCAUAGUUAACCCGGAGACCAGAGGCCCGCUGGGAGAUUCACAUCUUGGGGAGAUCUGGGUGAACAGCCCUCACAGUGCCAGUGGCUACUACACCAUCUAUGGGGAGGAGAGCCUGCAGGCGGAUCAUUUCAACACCAGACUCAGCUUUGGGGAGCCCCACACUCUGUGGGCCAGGACGGGCUACCUGGGCUUCAUCAAGAGGACCGAGCUGCUGGAUGCGAGCGGAGAUCGUCACGAUGCCUUGUUUGUGGUGGGCUCUCUUGAUGAAACGUUGGAGUUGAGGGGGCUACGCUACCACCCCAUCGACAUCGAGACGUCGGUGUCCCGAGCCCACCGCUGCAUCGCAGAAAGCGCUGUGUUUACAUGGACCAACCUGCUGGUGGUGGUGGCGGAGCUGAGCGGUUCGGAGCAGGAGGCCUUGGACCUGGUGCCCCUCGUCACAAACGUGGUCCUAGAGGAGCACCACCUCAUCGUCGGGGUGGUGGUCAUCGUGGACCCCGGGGUGAUCCCCAUCAACUCCAGAGGAGAAAAGCAGAGGAUGCACCUGCGAGACUCCUUCCUGGCAGACCAACUGGACCCCAUCUACGUGGCCUACAACAUGUGAUUCACCAACUGAUGACAAUGCAGAAACCUGAGCCAGGCUCUGAGAACAGACACAGCGAGGGAGGAGGACUUUGGGGUGCGUUCAGUAGCAACCCCCCGACGUUAAAGCUCAGACAUCAAAACACCAAACAAUGUGGGAAUGCGAGUACAGUAACGAGAAUGUGCUUCCCUCUCAGAAACUGUUCCUUGUUUGCUUCCAUCUGUUCAACCGCUGCAGUCCAGGAGAUCUACUGAGGGGGACGGAUAUCUUCUCUCCUUCUCGAUAGUAGAUCUUCCGUGCAUCCCACAUCUCCCUCAUCCCAUUCAUGUUUUUUAAAGACAUUUUAACGACAUACUUUCAUCAAGAAAGAAAUCCUCCCCUCCUUCCAUUCCUUGGUUUUAUCCAUUCAUCAUCGUGUGCUUCUUUUGUUUUAACCCCCUCGACUCUUGAAGGGCAGGAUGGCGCACUGGAACUGCUGAGAGGAGCUGGAACUUUCACCCUCUUGCACUUUAAGUCCUCGCACCUCUGAGUCCGCUUCCUGUCUCACCUGCCUCAAGGGGACACCCCCACACCCACACCACCCAUGUUUGCUGCUUUCAUGAGAGCAAAUCCACAUCAGUAUUAAAAAAGUGCCACCAGCGAGUGCAUCCCCUGAUGGAUUACCUUCCUCAACCAGGUGCACCGUGGCUCUCAUCAGAUAGUGGAUUUGCCAGCAGACGUGCUGUCGGCCAUUCACAUGUUACAAAAUGUCCUAAAAAAAACAAAUACACUUGAAUCAUUUGUUGGUGUGGGAAAAGAAAGACUCGCUUCUUAAACAUACAAACCUGGAUAUUAAAGGUCAUCUUCGAUGGGCAGGAACAUUUUCGGUGUGAGUCGGUCCGUUAGAUAGUUCUUAUGAUUGUGAAGUACUAAUACUUUUUUUAAAAGCACCGAUUUUUCAGAAGAAGAGUUGAAGCUGGUGUUUAGGUGUGCAUGCUAAUUUGAAAUGCAAUCAAUGUCAACAUGCAAGCCAACAACAACAAAAAAACAAACAGUAACAAGCCGUGUAGUCACACAGCAGAAGACUGGUUGGUUCGGCAGUCAGAGACAAAUCACUCAGUCUUCAUUAGGACUCCGUCUGCUGGUUGGGACUGUGUAAUACAACUGAAAGCUCCAGAACAAGCGAGUAAGUGGACUUUGAGUUGAGAUUUGGAUAAUUUACCAGUUUCCUGGCCUGAACCAAGGAGGGUGAAAAGAGGAGAUGUCACGCGUCAUAUCUUUGGGGUACAACACAUGCGCAGUAAAAUAUGAUCUGCACUCGCCGAAAUUAAGCCAAUAGCAACGCACAACCGCAGCUCCAGUUAAGCCAAGCAUACACUGUACGAUUUUAGACAUGUUGUUGUGUAACUCCUACUCCUACUGUGCGAGUACGGUCCGACAAUCAGCCACGACCUGAAUGCUCACACUGUACGUGUAAAAUAACACUGCCCGUCGGCCAGAAUCGGGCUAGAAUCGUACAGUGUAUGCCCAGCUUUACACUGCGCAUGUGUCUUACCCCAGAGCUCAAAACCGUGUCCCAGCCUCUUUCAACAGGCCUUGGCUUGAACUGAAGUGAGCCGCUAGCUUUCAGCCUGUGUGUAGUUUCCCACGUUAAAGCAUCUCUCACUUAACGUUAGCGUCACAGUCGAUUUUAGAUAAACGUAGAUCAUCAGAAGGCAAGUCAGUGCCUUUUUAUUGCACCAUGGUGACAUUUAGGAUUACGGACUGUUCAAUUUCUAAACAAAUAGGAUAUCAAGAACAGAACUUUGCCUUACUAAACCUGUGGAACUUUUUAUGUUUAAUCUCUCAUUUCUAGCUGUACUAUUUAGUGUAUUUAAAGGACUAUUCCACCAUUUUUUCACACGUGGAAUCGGGACGCCCGUUUAUAACUCAGAAUACACUCGUAUCCCAUUUUUUAGAGGAAAGGGGGGUGUCUUGUUCUUUUUUGCGAAGACGUUUGCGGUCAUGCCUUUCUCAUUUCAUCAUUACCAUUGAAACCAAUUCUUUCUGAAUGUCUGUAACACUGAAAAAAAAAUUAAAUUAGGAAUGAACAACAAUCAGUAAGCAACCCGUGAUUUAAAAAUGGCAGAAUCCUCCUUUAUAGAAAAGAAACGGAGGUAAUAAAUGAGGGUGAUGAUGUUGUCUGUAUACUGUAUUUUAGAGGUCAAAUAUUACUGGUGUUAAUGUGUACAUGGAUAUGAACGUUAUCGAUAAAAACUUGACUGAUCUUUCAUACUUGACAGCAUUUUUCUGCAUUGUUAAUUUAAUGGCAUCACAUUGCAAAAGAGACAAAAAAAGGUUUCAGAUUAUUUUGGCAGGAACAAUGUGCACUUUCCCAAUAUCAUUUUAUGUGUGUGUAUGUGUGCAUGAGGGAGUGUGUGUGUGAAUGAGUGUGUCCAGUUUUAACAGUGAUAUUUGGCUUUUUUGGUGCAACAAGGUUUGUCUUUUGUAAGAAAAUGAUCCCAGAAUAUUGAACCUUUUUUUUUAAUUUCUUUUUUUUAUGUCGCCGCCACUGUAUUUUCUUUCGAUCCAAGAUUGGAAUCAGAUAUGUUUUAUAGGGUUUCAUCGAUAUUUUCCAGAUAUAAUCUUUCUUUUAAAACUGCACAAUUUUCUGCAAACAGCUGGUUUGAUUCUCAAAGCAGCUUGACAAACAGCACAACACGUCAGUAAACCACUUUUCAUUCAGUGACGGACACUGAUGACAUGUAUGCGAGCCAGUAUCUGGGCCACGUUAGAGUUACUCAUGAAUAACAAAGUGAAGCUUCUGAGCUGCUGUGUGAUAAUUGCUUUGUUGCUACUGUUUCACUCCGACAAGUUUUAAUAAAGUUUUAUAAUGUCAUGUUGGCCUUCAAGCCUUUUUCAAUAGACAUUGGUGCUAUUCAAUAAGGGAAAGUUGACAGACUUUUAUUUUCCUCCAAUGUCAUAACAAAGAAGGUUUCUUCCCCGGAUGCCCUUCUUGUGUGAAAAUAAGUCAUUCUUUUUCCAUGCCAACAUUUCACUCACUGCUCUGCUCUUCGUCAUCACCAGUUUUCAUCAGAUCUGAUGAAAACCGUCUCAACGGACGACUCAACACGGACAAUGCAACUCGACAUAUCCACCAUCUCCAUUUGAAUAUUUAUUUCAGUUUCCAAGUUGUCGUGUUGUGAGGAAUAGCGUGCAUUUCAAACCUCCAAAGUUAUUCUAAGCACAAAAUGUACAUGUGAGGUAAUGAAAUUAGGAUCUUUCACACAAAAUAAAAAAACUCAAGGGCCCACAAUGUAUACCUCAACGACUGUCUGUUCACUAUGCAUCGUCGAGCUGCAGCGAAGACAUUCUGGACUAGUCAAUGGUGCGAUAACUUCUAACAACAUGUCUUACUUGACAAAAAAAAACACUGUCACACUGUCAUUGGAUGUGUUUCAUGUCAAAUAAAAAAAAUCCUUUGUCAGAA